AUUAUAAAUGGCAAAAGAGGUAAAUCGGGAAGAAUAUGCAAGAAAGAAGCAUUUUAAUGAUAAAAAAAAACAAUUUGCUACAGAAAAACUUAAAGCUUCAUUUCCAAAUAGUUUAGAAUAGUAUAACAAAGAAUAAAUUUAAGAAUUGAAAGAUUGUAAUUGCCCAAAAGAUUAAGAUUCUAAGAAAGGAAUUAAUCAUACUGAUGUUUGUUUACAUGAAGAUUUUUAAGCCCAUUAAAAAUAAUAGAAGAAACUAUUAAAAAAUUAUAUUUACUAUAAAACAGAAUACAAUCAUGAUAGAGGUAUUUCUCCUGAAUUUUACUUUGCAAGAUAAAUAUAUUAGAAAAAAUAAGCUGAUUUAUUAAAAAUUUAGAUAAAAUAAAAAAUAUGCAAGGGAAAAGAUUUUAAUGAUGAUUUUGUAUAUUGA